AUGGCUUCCACUUCGCGCAGUGCUGACCAGGCAGCAUUACCCGCCAACAUCGAGGCGCCUCGACAGCUGUGCGUGCAUGCGGCCCGACCGGGCCCUCCCAGCAGCAGCAGCAGCAGCAGCUUGAGCUUGGGUUUGGGAGAUGCGGCGAUACCUGGACAAAUAUUCAAAGCUUCGAAAGAAAAACAUAUACGAAGAGUCAGGGGGGCUGCAGUCUGGUAUGCUCCUUUUGAAGGAGAAGUCAGGGUAGUCGAUGUGAGUUACACUUGGCGCGCUUCGUGUUUGCUUGUUAGAAGUGAAGACUCUUGACAGCUAAUGCUGAGUUGUCUACACGUGCACACCACGCAGUCAUCGACCAGCGAAGCGUUGUCCACCUAUCUGCUACCUGCUCCUCACUCCGGCCACGCCUACACAAACGUCGCACCUCAUCUGCCCAACCUCAUCUCCUCUCCUCUUGUCCUCUUCAACGCUCCUUCCGCUUCUCCCGACAUCGAUACAGAUUCGAAAGCGACGCACGCCUACCUACCGGCACGCAAGGGAGAAGAGUAUGGUGUGGUGCAGUGGAUAGAAAAGGGUGGAAUAGCAGAGAGAAGCUGGAUCUCGCUUCACAAACCUGCUGCUCAUUUGGCUCUGCUCAGUGCCACAGUCCUACUAGCGCUGCACGCCGACGGCUCGCAAUCCCUUGCAGACCUAAGCAACAAAGACAUGCACUUUGUCCAGACCUUUUUGCCGUCCUUGACGAGUCCUAUUCAGACGCAUUCGGUCCUCGCUGUGUUGGCGGGCAAGUCGGCGUGGGACAGAUUACCCUCGCUCAAACCCAGUGCAAGCUUGGACGAAAGCAACAGCAAGGCUUUAGUGUUUUCGCUAUGUGGAUCAGCGGCACCCGAAUUGAUCGGAGCGGCUUCAGCGGGAAAAAGACGAGGUAAAGGUCACAAGAGGGACAAGAGGGAAGAAGGCACACCCCAGGUACAGCAGUCGCAGCAGAGUGCAGAAACCGUCUCGAGCAGGAAGAAAUCCAAAACCCUGACUUUGCGGGUACACAUCGUUGAUCCGACUGCUUGCAGAGCCGGAUUUGAAGCGCAGGGUCCAAAUGGUCUGCUGGCUGAUCUACCCAUCCAGUCGGCACGCGCAGACGAGCUGCUUUCGAUCUCGCUGAGCAGCGACGCCAAAAGCCUCGUCACCUUGUGUAAGUGGAUACGGGCACCUAUGUUCAAUUAGUAGACCACUCUGACCGGCAGGUGCGCUCUGCAAAUCGUUUCUGGUCGCCUCCGCAGCCAUUCAAGGAGUCCUUCAACAGUACGCGCUUAAUCUCUCGACAAUAUCGAGCGCAUCCUCGCUCGUUCAGUCGCCGGCAAUCACGAUAAUUCGAUGUCCAUCGCCGCCAACAAACAUGGCCGAAGACGCUGCUUUCCCUUCGACCUCUUCCAAGGUCAAGAGCCCUUCGCUACCUGCCGGCACCACCAUGGUGCACCUUCCGCACGCCCAUGUGCUCUUCGUGCUGCCGCCCAGCGAAGGCACUUCGACUCCCCAGCCUGGAGCAUACCUGAUCAGCUUGGUGCUCGGCGCAGUGCUGGACUAUGAGCCUACUCAGGUGCCUGGCACUUCGGGAGCCCAAGGUCAGACGUCUCUAAGCAUCAGAGCUGCUCGGAUUGGAGGAGGCGUCCUCCUCGCUCAGACGCGCGUGCACGGGACACGAGCUUCGAUGAGCAAAAAACACAAGAAUUCCUCUGCCGCUGUCGGAUCUGGACCUGGAGAGUGUAGAGUCGCGAGCGUGCCGGUUGACGUUCCGAACGCAGCUAGCAUCAAAUGGGCUAUCGGACAGGAGACUAGAGCCUGGACGAACGCGUUGCUUUGGCCUCCUGGCACGCCCAUCUCAGUCAGUCUGUCGACGCUGGCUUCUGCCAAAGCAUCGCAUGCGCAUUCAUCGACGGACCCGACGGCAGAGAAGCACGAACUCGUCGUGGCUCUACGAGCUGCAGACUCUGCCAGCGCCAAGGAUGACGUCUUCAAAGCGUGGUACGAUGUGGAAAAGGGAAGAAUCGCCCAGGCGGAAGCGAAAGCUGCGCGCACUCGGGCGAGCGAGCUUGCGCACGCUAGGAAAGUGGCCGCCCGCAGGAAUAGGCAGGCGAAUAGUGGGACGAUGGGUAAGAGCGAGGAUGAGGAGGAGAGGGAUGUGCAGAUGGAGCUGGAAAGGUUGAUGCUGCAAAAAGAACGGGAAACGGAUGCGAAUGUGAAAGAAGGCAAGGUGCAGGGAACGGAUAAGGAGCAAGCGUCAAGGCCUGCCUUGCCUGGCGCAGUCGUAAGACUUUUGGUAGAAAAGGCUUUUGCGCAUGCGCAUGCGCCCAACAAUCCGGCCGUCGCUACAGCUCUACUGCACCACUUGAUGCUGUGGAGAAUGCUCUCUGCAAGUCAGGUGUUGGAAUUGUCGUUCACCGACGAAAACGACAAGCAAGGCGAAUCUAAGGGACUCAUUGCUCGGCUGCUGGACCUGCAAGAAUGGGACUUGGCACUUUUGGCAGCGACGAACGUGUCGGAUGUUCAAGAGUACGAGCUUGUCCUUCUCUUGCUGCGCUCUUUUAGAGCGGAGCGAGGACGAAAGCUCCGCGAUGCCUCGUCUAACAAGGGAGUAGCAACAGCAGCUUCGCCCGCGCGCGUGCUGGCGGUCCUGACUAGCAGACCCGAGCUGAUCGAUUCGGCAGCUUUCAAACAUGCUCUGCUCAAAAGUCAAUUGACGGAUGCGGAUCGCGUAGCAGAUCUGCUCGCGAGGUUGCACGAUUGGCUGCUGGAAGGGUCUAUAAAUCAGACGAGUCACUUGGGCAAGGGAAUAAGGGUCAAUAUGAACUUGGUGCCGAAGUUGAAGAAGAAGGGCAACAAGAGAUCGCACAUGGAGAGAGCGCAUGAUGAAAACAAGAUCGUCAGACCUGGAGUGGACGAGGUGAGCAUGCUUGAUCGGUAAAGGGGGCGGGGCAGGGUUCGCAACUUUGAUUCUCAAUUUGCUCACCUGCACAAUUUGCAUCCGCUUCCCUUUUCUCGAACGUGGCGGCGCUCUCACACAGUGCCUGACAAUGUUGACGGUACUAUUGGACGUCUAUUUCCCGCUCCUUUUGCAAUCCCCAACAACUUGGAGCGUCCUCACACGACUAUCCAAGACGCUCUCUCAACUCGUACGAUCUUCCAACGCCCUCAAACACCUCUUGGGUCCUCUAUCCGCUUUCCAACGCCUCUCUUCCGAUCUUUCCCACAUCUCCAAAUUCUCGCCCCACCAGCAUCAUCAUCAUCAUCAUCAGCAACAUGCCGCCGCAAGUGCAAGCGUGACAGAGUCGGAAAGACAAACGAGCGCAAGACGUACAGCCAUCGCUGCCGUCGACCUCCGAUCGGCUCCUACUGGCGUCAAGGAGACCGGAGGCGGAUUGGGACACGCCAAUUUGAUAGCUGCAAAGACGGCGCACAGGACCGGAGAGGCUAGAAAGGGAGAUUCGGUGCGCGUAAAGGCUAUUCAAGAAAGCGCGCUCGUCGGUCCGUAUACAGUCGAGAGAUUGGCUUUCUAG